CAACCAUCUAGCCAGAACGGGACCCGGUGCCUUGCAGAACAUAGGCUUUACGAACCAUGGCAGAAGAGACGCUAUUAUUGUGGUUACGUUCGUGUUCACGGUGUAUCAAACGUGCUUGCGUGCGCGCCUGUGGAUGCGUACAUGCACUACACGCCCACCCACCGUGAUCCAGAAGAAAAGAAAACAAGGGCAGGCGAAUGCGAUGCGCACUGGAGGUCAUGUGAAUUGCUAAAAGUUAUGCCUGUGGGGUGUGUGCUAUCCAUAUGCUUGGGUCAGGUACACAGGUUCAUCUCCAUUAUUAUGGCAUAUUCGGAGAAAGCCACUGCUGCCGCCCGGUGCAUGGGAACGAUUGAAGAAGCAAAAAAGAAGAGAGGGCUUAUGGGCCCGGCCCAGACCCGUUGA